UCGCACGACAACAAUAUUCGAAUCGAAUCUAGAGCAACACCAAUUGCCAAGCUUGGAAAAAGUGAAAUUUGCACUAGAAAACUCAAUUAAAUUUGUGAUUUUAAUUAUUUUCUCUUUGUUUUCAUCGGUGCUAUUGGAUAUUGGGAUUGUUUGGAAAUAACUCUUGCAUUUAUCACAUGUUUUACUCACAUACUUUGCGUUUGACUCGUUUUGACAGUUCAACAUGUGAAAUUUAGCGAAACGUCAAACCGACAAUUUGUGUGCCAUGCUGAUAUAAUACUGUCACUGCGGAGAUGUGGUUUGCGUGAAAAUACAUGUUCAUUUUUCGAAAAAGUUGUGAAAUUCAAAAGGAAAUAAUGUACAAUUAGUGAUUUAGAUGAAUAAGCAGAGAAAAAUGGAAGGUUUACUAAUAUUGAAUAAACGUUCGCUGAAGGUGCUGAGCAGCCAAUUCAACCAGUGUACAAUAUUCAUUCGAAGGUUAUAUUCGGUGGAAAAACAAAGUGUUUUUAACAAGAACAGCAAUGACGCUGCAAAAGAGAAAACCAUCAAAGUGGCAAUCAUUGGAGCACCAAAUGCCGGCAAAAGUUCAUUCAUCAAUACAAUCACCAACCAUCGGAUAUGCCCAACAUCGCGAAAAGUCCACACAACAUUGACCCGAUCGGCCAACAUUUAUAACAAAGCAAACACACAAAUGAUCCUCUUCGAUACGCCCGGCUUGACCACCGUCAACGAAAACAAAAAAUAUAAAUUGAAUGAUGAGUAUAUACGGGCAUGUAACAGUUCCAUCGAAAAUGCCGAUUUAAUCGCUGUCAUUCAUGAUGUUUCCAAUUCGUAUACGAGAAAUGUAUUGCAUCCAACCAUUUUGGAAGCGCUUGUCACCAACAAAACCGUGCCAAGCAUUCUAAUUAUGAACAAAAUUGAUAUGAUACGAGCGAAACGCAUUCUACUCGAUUUGGUACGAAUUCUGACAGAGGGAACAUUGACGUGCAAACAACGCGAAUAUUUACCGUGGAAAGGACGCGAAGAGAAGUUUUUAGCCGAUAUGAAGCGACCGGUCAAAUACAAGAACGUCAAAUCAGCUGGUUGGGCAUAUUUCUCCGAAGUGUUUAUGGUGUCCGCUCUCAGCGGUGAUGGAGUUAAACGGGUUGCCAACUAUAUUUCCGAACAGUCACGUGAAAAACCAUGGGAAUAUCCAGAGUACCAAUUCACCGAUCAACGAGCUGAAGAUCUUAUUAUCAACAAUGUUCGAGCCGCUUUAUUGGAUUUCCUACCACAAGAGAUCCCAUACCAUCUGCAAUGCGAAAUGGAAUUAUUUGAAGUUGAGAAAAACCGUAUUAAUGCUUAUGUUAAUAUACAUGCGAAGAAUGAACGCAUCGAAAAAGUGAUUAGCGGCUUUGAUAUCAAACGUCUCAAACAAAUUUCGGAAGUAGUUGCAUCGAACAUUAUUGAACUGUAUAAUUCGAAUGUGUCGAUAGUUUUGAAUGUUGUGCCAAAACAUAAAUCAUUCAAGAAACCCACUUUCGAUACAAAGCCACGGCAGAACAAACCCCUGCAAUGAUUUAUGUAGAAUAAUAAUUUGUUUUCCUGGAAAUUCAAAUAAACAUUGGGAAAAUAUCAAA